UUUAGUAACGUCGUGGCUUCGGUGGAAAACAGAUCGUCGUAAACCGCCGCGUGUUUGCCCGUUAUCGCUUCGCCCGUCGAGGAAAAACACACACACUUGGCGCGCGCGCGUGUACCGUGCGUGAGUGCGUUCGUGACGUUCUUUGCUGCUCGUUUGGUUCGCUGGGUUCGCUUUUUCGCCCUGGUGUGUUGCGGGCCCUUCUGUCGCGUGCGUCCGUUUGCGUGCGUUGUACGUGGUGCGUGUGUUUGUGUACGCCAAGUACGCGAUGAAUUGAAGGGUGAAUGUUGAUACGCGAUUUAAGAGCAGCGUACAGUUUUGCAGUGUCUCUACUGUCUCGUGGCUCAAUAUAAAACAAAUAUUGUAGAGCGAUUCUACUCAACAGAAAGUGAUUAUAUUUAGUGGAAUUGCAUCCUGAUUGCAAACAAAACGUGUGUUGCGCAGUGAAAAUUAAUUAAAUUGAACAUGUGAUCGAUCGCAGGUUUGCCUUUUUUUUGUUGGUGAAAAUCAAGUGAAUCAAGUGAAUUCCAAUGCACAUAGUUGUUAAAAAAAGUAUGGCAAAGUAAAUACGGCGAAGCGUGUAGUUGUGUGGUGAAGAAGAAAAUUCAAAGUUUCGGUGUGGAGCUUCAGCUACACAGUCACAGUCAGAAACGUACAAGGGCAGUGUAAUACGAGACCGAAUUGCUGCAUCCUCCUGGAACACACGGGUGUGGGAGCAUUUCGACAAACAUCAACGACAACCGUCAGAAUCUCCACGUCCGGCAACGGCUCCAUCUGAACGGUGCAGUUAAACAGUCUGUUGCCUCCACCAAGCCUGUUCAGCUGUUGAAAGUGUUUAGUGCUGUGUGUAUGUAGGCGACCUCUACUUCCAGAUGCGUGUGGAUCGAUGAGCCAGCGUGUAGUGGCGAGAGGUUCGUCCUCCCGGUAGUGAAAGAUGCGACAGAAGCGAAUGCUUAAAGUGCGCAUAAAGGUGAUCCGUGUAAUCCUUGCCUAGAAGAAGGAGUAGGCGAAGAAGAAAGCAUAAAUUAAAGCUUGUGUUUGUGUGCGUGCGUGUGUGUGUGUGUUUGUGAGUAGUUCCUAUAUGUUACCUAUAAUGUGUGUCGCACGGAGAAGGAUGUCCUUCUCGUCGACGGUUGCCUGUGCGGUGCUCGUAGUGCUGGUGAGCAGCAGUGCCCUGUCGCUGGUGACCGGUGCCCACUGGGACCAUGCCAUCUUCCUGGACGACGACUAUCGGCUGCUGUGGAGCAUCACCGGCCAGGACAUCACGUUCGAGGUGCAGGUCCGUACCCACGGUUACGUUGGACUGGGGUUUUCCAAGGACGGUACCAUCUACGGUGCGGACAUGGUGAUCGGUUGGGUCGACCAGGGCCAGGUACACUUUCAGGACCGACACGUGAAGAAGCACGGUAGUGGUGAGCCGCUGGUUGACUCCUCGCAGGACUAUGUGCUGCUGCUGGGCUACGAAAACCAGACACACACUGUCCUUCGGUUCAAGCGCAAACUGGACACGUGUGACGUUGCGUACGAUGUACCAAUCACGAACGAUACGAUGCGCGUGAUCUACAUGUACCACAGCAAGGAACCACAGUCGCCCGGCAACCUGCCCGAUCCGGUCGAAGCGUUCAAGCAGGCCCGCUCGCUCUUCCUAACCCAGCGGAUCAACCAGGCACCGCUGAAACCGGAUCCACGCCUUCGGACGAUGGAGUUGCUCAAUCAGGACGUAAAUUUGCCGCAGGGUGACGGUACCCUGCACUGGUGCAAGAUGUUCAAGCUGAACGAUAUCAAUCGCAAACAUCAUCUGAUUAGGUACGAGCCGGUGUUUGAUUCCGGUACGAGUGCAUCCUACGUCUAUCACAUGAUACUGCACGAGUGUCAAGGAUCGUCGCCGGAGCUGGAAAUUAUGUCACGGGAAAAUGGUUGCCCGUGCUAUCGGGCGGAUAAAUCGAUACUGACCUGCAACUCGAUCGUGGCCGCCUGGACGCGCGGCUCGGAGGGCUUUUCCUUUCCGAGCCAGGUAGGCUAUUCGCUUGAAUCGAAUCAGGCCCGGUUCUACCUGAUGGAGACACACUACAGCCUCUCCGCGAACGAGUACACCUGGCCACCGAAACCGAAAGCCAUGGUGGACAAUUCGGGCCUCCGGUUGUUCUAUACCAGCACGCUUCGUGCACAGGACGCUGGCGUUCUGUCGGUCGGUAUAGAUCCAAACUGGAGGCAUAUUAUCCCACCCGGCCAGGAGCACGUCGUUUCGGAGGGCCACUGUGUGGGUGAGUGCACCCAGCGAGCCUUCCCGCGCGACGGUGUCAACAUCUUCGCAGUAAUGAUGAGGACACAUCAAAUUGGGCGUCAGAUCAAGCUGAGACAGAUCCGUCAGCGUGAAGAACUGCUCCCGAUCGCACACGAUCGUAAUGCGGAUUGGAACUAUCAGGAGUAUCGACGGCUAUCGGCACCGGUUCGUGUUCUGCCAGGGGAUCGACUGAUCGCGGAAUGCAUCUACGACAGUUCAGCAAGAGCUGCCAUCACACUCGGUGGGUUGACAACGCGGGAAGAGACGUGUCUGGUGCUGGCACUGUACUACCCCCGGCAGAAGGAACUCACCACGUGUCACUCGCUGCCGAGUUUACCCACCGUUAUCAACUCGCUCGGCAUCAACGAGCUAGUACCAGGAUCAAACCCCGUACGGAUCGCAUCUCCACCGGAGCUCUCCGGAAUGACGCUCGAGACGCGUUUGAUCUCGUACGACUGGCGGAACAAUUUCCGCAGCUUCCAGUACGUCACUAGAAGAGGGUCCUUUAAGCCGUUGUGCUGGAGCGCCAAGAAUCAGCCCAUGCCGGGCACAGAAAAUUUGGAAGGAUUCGCACCGAACAUCACCAAAUCGUACAAGCUGAUCCGGUCGUGCAGUUUCGUCGGAAGCACCAAUGUCGCCAACGUGUUCUUCCACAAUCGGAACCGGUACGUGACGGAGUCAGAGACGAGCGUCGACCUUGCCGACCACGAUGAGGACGAUAUCGACAGUAAUAACGUGAUAGAGGGCGCCGCCAGAAGCAAGGUGUCCCGCAGCUCCGUCACGGAGUCGAUGGGAUUGAGCGGCGGUUUGGCAACGGAUCGGCCAGCCGGUACCGUACCGAAAAUCUUCGCCUCGUUGCUGUUCAUCGUCGUGCUCAACUCGUUCCGGAUAGCGGCGGUGUAAAGGCAACGCGCCCGGCAUCCAUACUCACCAACGAGUCCUAGAUUCGGCCACGUUCGUACGGCGAACGACUGUGAGAUUGUACAUACAACAACCGAGGUAUGAGCGCGCGCAUGUGUGUGUGUGAGUGUGUCCGGGAGUGGGGAGAAGGAAAAGAAUGAUCGGUUUUCCGGCGUGCAGUGCGCUGGGAAACUUUACCGCUAAGCAAUGAUUACCGGGGUUACCUUGUAUUCCACCAGGUGGAAAGAUUGUCUGUUUAUUUUCUAAGGUCUGCGCGUCUAUCACAUCCAAGUAGUUGAUGAAUGUUGUAAAAAGUGCUGAAAAAACAAUGGGGAAGAGUUGACAAAUGUGCGUGGAAAAGUGUUGCUGGACAGUGAAAAUCGAAUGAAAAAAAAAGAAUUCUAUAACAAACUGGAAAAAAAUAAAAAUGGAGAACAAACUAUAGAAAAGAGGAAACACAACAUAAAAGAAACAAAAUCCGUGUCAAAACACUCAAAACAUAAACCGAAUACAUAUAGUAAAAGAUGAACAGCAACAGUAACUCUUUCCCUCUCCCGUCACUGUACAUACAACAAGCCUUGCCAACAAACGGCUUUUGGCAUCCGUUUUUUUGUAAAUAGUGCAUUUUGUAUAAAAAGAAGACGAAGAAGAAAAGCAAGAUCGUAGUUGAACGAAAGCAAAAGUAAGCAAAGAAUGAAAUAGAGCAAGUAGAAAGAAGAAACAAGAAAAUGAAACGAAACCAAAAAAAAACACAUAACAAUAGAAAGAGGAAAAAUCAACAUUAAAAAAACAGAUCUCGUACACUCGGUAGCAAAAUGGUGGUGCAAACAUUAUAGAUGUCAACGUGGUAGUGUAAUUUAGAAAAAACCCGAAACAAAACGAAGAAAAAAACCUGAUCAUAAAAGUGAAGGAAAGCUAAAGGAAAAGCUAGAACGAAACCUGUGAAUAACAAUACUGUUGUCGGUGUGUGUCCUGUGAGAGUGUGCUGGGUAGGGUUGGUAAAAUCACUUCCGAACACUGGAUUCCGGAUGCAAUGUUUAUAUACACUCGUGCGAGCGUCCUCAAAUGCCGUCAAGCUAGUAGCCUAAAGUAUUUAGCUACUCAACCUCCACUUAAGAAAACAGAGCUAUUCUAUUUUUUAUGUUCAUCUGUUACCCACUUACUAGUCCUAGCAGGAAGGUUCCCUGAUGUUUUCUAUCGUGUCUGUUGGUCAAGUGUUUUAAAAUGUGCAAAGUUGGUAGUUUGUAUGCGAAAAGGGUGCGAGCUGCUGUGUGUGGUGAGAAGGUAAAUGACACCUAACUACCCGGAAAUACCUGACCCCGAGUUUCUCUCGCCCUUCCCCUAUCCUUCACUCUAUCUGUGUGUCUCCAUCUGGGACAAGGUGUAUGUAGAAUACUGUUUACAACAAAAGAAAAGCGAAAGCCGUCCACUUCCAUCCAAAGGAACGAACGAAGUGGCUUUCGUUAGGUUUCGACAGUUAUCUGUUUGAUUUUUGGAAUUGCAACUACCUGCUUAGCUACUGUUUCCGGUGGAGCUUGCUUCCUUUUCUUUCCGAAGGUUCAGAUAAUAGAUGAACGAGAUGCUGAAAUUCUACACAUGUCCCACUUUACCUCAUACCUUAAGACUUUUAUCAUCCUUCUCUACUUCUCUAACUUAUUUUUUUAAUCGUUUGAUGUCCUUGGACAUUCAGCCUGGAUUCGGUUCUCUAUGUAGGACACUUCUCAAUGUUUUUAUCCACCUAGAGCAGGUCCCAUUAUCCUACGGUCAGCUAGCAAACUCGCGAGAGACAAUCAUAAAACAGAAAUCGCUCAACUUUAUAGAGUCAAACGACAGUUACAUUAACACUGAGCGUUGGUGGAUUAGCAUGCAAAGGGCACGGGGACAGUUGGUGGGGACGUGGGGAGUUGCGUGGCAAAGAGAAUGCUGACCAGAUGGGUAAAGUUUUUUUUAAUAGUCUUUUCCCAAAUGAUAGGAUCUUCUUUUUCAACUGUUUUACUUUCCAUGUGAUGUGUUUUCUUGUCUGCUGUCUUCUUUUGUUUACUUCUUUAAUGAAUCUUCACUUUAAAGCUUUCUGUUUACUAAUUGGUUUUUAUCCAUUUCUUACUAUUUUCUUCUUUUACUUUUUUGGAUUCCUAUAUUAUACUUAUUUCCCUUUUAUCGUUUUAUCAUUUCUAUUUUAUUCUUAUGAAUGUUUACAUUCUGUUGAUUGUUUUUUCUUGAAUUUUCAAGUUAAACUAAAUAUUUAUUUUAUAUUUUCUACUUGGUUAAAUAUUUCUAAUUCAUACUUGUGUGUUUUAAGUUUUAUUUUAUCUUGAAAUACGAAUUACCUCCGCUUUAAUUUAUUUUCAAUUUAAACCCUUUUUUCGUCUCCGUUUACAUCGAAAUACUCCAACUAGAUUAUCUCUUAUGUUAUCGCCAUUGUACUAUCCAAACUCCAAAGAGAAAGGUGACGGAAAAAACCCCCGAAACAAGCGGAGAGUGAAUGAAAAGAAAAGAUCUUUUCACUUGUGAUACAGUUUGCACGGAAUGUUUGUGAAAGUGGCAUAGAGUAACAUAAAACAGAAUAUGAUCGUCUCGCGUUAGUACUUACACACUAGUGGCAACAGUAGUAGCAGCAGUAGCAGUAAAAACUUGUAGUCGUGAUCAGAUAAAGGUGAAAAAAAACAAGAACGUUUUCUUUUGCAAACGCUUCAAAGCAAUCCUUUCGAAUCGAGCCAACUUUUCCCGUAUAUGUGUAAAUAGGGCCGUUAGGAAAAACUGUUCGCUUACGUAUCGUACGCGACGGGCAAAUGAGUUCUACAUUCCGCUAUCCUUUUCACUCCUUGUGAACCUUUGUGAAUGCCACUUUUCCGGCACCUGUUGAAGCUGGUUGGCGCCUGCCAAACGAUCUGUUGAGCGAUUUUUCUUACUUUCCAUUUUCCGACGGUUCGGCCGACACUUUUCCCGCUUUCGUUUCCGAGAAAAAUUUUGUCUCCCACCGAUUAACGAUGAGAUGAGAUGCACCCAGCGGUGUGCGCGGUGCUGGUGGCUCUAGGCGCGACCUUCAGUAUGUCUCAUCUUUUAUAGUAAAUGGAACGUAACAAGUCUGUCCCUUGGAAUGGAGCGUGAAAGUAA